CGGGCGGGCGCAGUGUUCGCUAGCAUAGGGCGGCCGUUCGAGGCAGGCAGGGCCGGGCCAAGCUAUACGUAAAAAAAAAAAAAAAAGAAAACAUGGAUUAAUAAAAACCGGAGAUGGUGCACGGACGGAUGUUUUUCCGUGAGGGAUUGAUCAGGAUACGCGGGAACUCGAAGGAAUGAACGCGCGCGUCCGCAGCAGUGAACGAUCGUAACGGGUGUUCCUUUUUUUAUUAUUUUUUUGUUUCUUUGAAAUUUCUUCUCCAUUGUUGGCGUGGGGGAGGGAGGGGGCUCGGCGGAAAGGCUUCGUUGUUUUGGGUCGGCUGGCGAUAUCGGGAUUGCAGUGUGUCGGAUCGCCGGUUCAGUGUGUUUUUGUGAGUGGUGAUGACAGGCCGGCGGAAGAUGAAGUGACGAGGGGUGCUCGGACGCCGCGUAGCCUGCUGUGCCCUGCUGCGGCAGGACGGCAGGUCGUUCCGCCCCCACACUGCAGGGAAAUGCCGUGAUGGCAAGAGAGGAGGCACGCGGCAAGAGGCCCUUCAAGAUAUGGGACAGCUGGCGUAACAUUAGGAAAGGCCUGGUGGUGAGCAGCUUCGAGGAGCUCGUGGUCAGAGGCAAGGAGAAGCUGGGCAUCCUCGCGGCGGAGCCGGUGCGGCUGGUGCUGGAGGCGGACGGCACCCAGGUGGAGGACGGCGAGUACUUCCGCACGCUGCCCAACAACACGGUGCUGCUGGUGCUGCGGCAGGGCGAGCGCUGGUACCCGAGCGGCGUGGACGUCAUCCGCGCGGCCAUCUCCGCCAUCCCGAAGAUCGUGUGCGAGACCAUCCACGCGCUGGAGCUGCACGAUGAGACGCCCUCGUGGAAGAUCAUGGACAACAAGGGCCGCGUCACCGUGGUGCUGCACUGGGACCAGCGGCAGCCCGCACAGCACGGCGCCUCGCUGUCGGCGCACAAGGAGGGCGCCAAGUACUCGCCCAGCAAGAAGCCGGAGGCCGUGAGGCCGGCGCUGGUGAUCCAGACCAGCCUCGAGAAGAUGGGGCUCCACCCGAAGAAGGAGACGCUCAUCAACGACGUGUACACGCCUCCGGCGGCCGCCGCGGCGACGCAGCCGCGCUACGCGCCCGGCCCGCAGAUCACUGUGAUAAACCACGACGACUCCAAGCCGCCGGCGGCCCCCAGUUCCUACGCGCAGCACCACCCGGCGCACCGGCUCGUCAAGCAGGGCACCGGCUCGUUCGAGAGCUCCGCCAUACACGUGCACACGCCCGAGUGCGCGAACCACGCGCACCUGCCCCGCGGCGGCAGCCCGGGGAACGGAGCGGACCAGAACGGCGCCGCCGAGUGUGACUUCCACUGCUGCGCGCUGCACGAGGAGGGCCGCCGCAUCGCCGUGCACAAGUCGGUGGCCACUUCGCCCAUACAGGACGCGCAGCAGCAGACGUCGCCGCAGCCUUCGGCGCUGUCCGACGGCACGCGGCGCUCCGGCCCGGGCGGCAAGGCGCAGCACGUGCGCUUCCUGGACAUCGAGGGCGGCGCGCUCCUGCGCCAGGCCGCGGAGGCCGCCGCCGCCGCCGCCCACGCCGCCGCCCACGACAGCUCCGAGUCGGAGACGGAGAACACCGCCAUGGAGGAGGAGGCCGUCACCACGGAGAAGUUCCUGCUGCUCAUCGACCAGCUGUCCGUGGACCAGAAGCGCCACCUCACCAUCAAGGACAUCGGCAUCAUCCUGGAGCGGCUGAGCUCCAAGAUCGUGGACGUGGAGCGCCUGGACCGUGAGAGCGAGAGCGACGACUGCUACAACUGGACGAUCAAGGCGACGAUACGGGGCGACGUGCUGCGCGAGCUGGGGGUCAUCUACAACGGCAACUACUACGCCAUCUCGGAGCACCCGGGCUACAAGGAGGAGCUGGAGGACAACCACGAGGAGGUGGACGAGGAGGAGGAAGAGGACAGGCUUUAAAGAAGGACCGGCGCUAGGCCCGUAGCUUCAAUUGUAGCAGACCUGGCGGCCGCUUGCCGGCGGAACCGCCUCGCGUCCACCCGCGCCGUCGCACACGCCACACGACACCUUCUUUUUGAGGUUAUGGUAGACAUUGCUUCUCAACUGCAAUUCAUUUCACAGACAGUUGACCGAUUUUAUGAAAGAACAAUAAUAGCGAUAGUAAAUUUUUUCACUGAGCUCUUAUUCGUUUGCGUAAAUAUUUUUUUUUUUUAAAACAAACACCGUAUUCUUUGGAGAUGUAUUUCUUUUUUACUGGGUACAGAUUUGCGCAAAUAUACAACAAUUUAUACAAGCUCUAUUAAUUCAAAAAACCUCUAAAAAAUAUACUUCUACUGUAGUAAAGAUUUUCUUGGAUUCUAAACUUAGUUUCAAAUGAAUUUAUUAGUUAAUAAUUAAUUAAUUGGGAAUUUUAAGAUUUCUUAAAACUAGCAAGUAAGUUCUACCAGAAUUUUAUAGCCAAAAAAAUCAUCAUCCUAAAUGAACUGACGGUCCUCAAACUUUUAGUGUAUUUCGAAGCAGUACAUACUAUACAGAGUACUAGUGCAAGGCGUCGCGAGAAAUUCUGCAACGUUCAACAAUGCGCAGCGUUGUGUCGUAAUACGUGCACUUUUUUUUUUGUUCCCGACGGUUCCGUUGGCAAGUGAAGACGUUCAGCGUUCUGAAAGACGCCUGUCUGCCGUCGUCGGCUGGUCUACGACGCCAACCAAUAGCAAUCGACUAUCAAGAAGGACGACGCCGUACCACUGCCCCACUGACCUCUCUAUGUCUCUAUCCUUGCCGCCACCCCGAAACAUCCCCCGACACUCGAUGACGUCAUUCUCUCUCCCCCCUCCCCUCAUCGAACAGAGCAAUAGCUUUAACAAAAAAAAAAAAAGAAAAACUCACCCCCUCUCCACCUUCUUCCUAUUUCCCCUUCCCCCCUCCGCAAUCGUGUCCCCCUCAUCAUUCGUUUCCCGAGUACCUUUGAAACUGGAACUGUUCGUAUAACUAGGCGAGUGCCUGUGGCAAUCAUAUUCAUUUAUCCGUUUCGUUGUUACAUCCCAUUGUUGAAAUAGAAUCUAACGUGUAAUGAUUCUAUUUAUUAUUAUAAUAAAACAAUCAAUAAUAACUAAAAAAAAA